AGCCGGAAUAGUGUGCGCCGGAGUCGGGUUAUUGAGGCGCCGCAGUGAAGCCGGGGAAUCGCAUGGUAAUUGGGGGUGACAGAGGAGCUGGGGGGUUACUGGACUAUGGGGGGGAUAGGACUAUGGAGGGUAACUGAACCUGGGAGUCCUGCUAAUACCCAGUCACUGGACCCCCAAACAAUAUGGGACACAGUGACUGCUGGGGGGCAGCUCUGCUCCCACUUCCUGACACCCCCUCCACCCCCCCGAGACACUUACCCUCACCCCACGUGAUUACACCUCCCCCCCCGAGACACUUACCCUCACCCCCUGUGAUUACACCUCCCCCCAGAGACACUUACCCUCACCCCCUAUGAUUACACCUUCCCCCCAGAGACACUUACCCUCACCCCCUGUGAUUACACCUUCCCCCCAGAGACACUUACCCUCACCCCCUGUGAUUACACCUUCCCCCCAGAGACACUUACCCUCCACUGACCCCCUGUCAUUACACCCUCACCCCCUGUGAUUACACUUUCCCCCCAGAGACAGAGACACUUACCCUCACCCCCUGUCAUUACACCUCCCCUCCAGAGACACUUACCCUCACCCCCUGUCAUUACACCUCCCCUCCAGAGACACUUAACCUUCCACUGACCCCCUGUCAUUACACCUCCCCAAUCCCCUGUCAUUACACCUUCCGCCGACCCCCUGUCAUUACACCUUCCACUGACCCCCUGUGAUUACACCUCCCCCAGAGACACUUACACCUCCACUGACCCCCUGCCAUUACACCUCCUCCCCAGAAACACUUACACCUCCACUGACCCCCCGUCAUUACACCUCCUCCCCAGAGACAGACACCCCUCACCCCCUGUCAUUACACCUCCUCCCCAGAAACCCUUACCACUCACCCCCUGUGAUUACACCUAAUAAUGGGGGGGCAGUUGCAAGUUCCAACUGCCCCCCCCAUUAUAAUACUCAUGCCAAAAAGUGACAUUUUCCCAAUUCUAGUGCCAAUUCCAGGCAGUGACACCUCCCCUUCCCAUUCUAGUGCCCCUGCCAGAGAGUGACACCUCCCCUUCCCAUUCUAGUGCCCGUGCCAGGCAGUGACAUCCCCCCUUCCCAUUCUAGUGCCCAUGCCAGGCAGUGACACCUUUCCUCCCCCAUUCUAGUGCCCAUGACAGGCAGUGACACCACUUAGCCCUGGUACCGAUGUCUGUGAGUGACACCUCUUUUCUCCAGUGCCCAUGUCAGACAGUGACAUCUCUCCAGCUGAGUGCUCAUGCCGGGCAGUGACUCAUUUCCCCUCCACAAUAAUGCCCACGCCAGGCAGUGCCAGGUUCCCACCCUCCAUCGUGACAAAGGCAGGUUGUGACAUCCCUCCCCCCACCUUAGUACUCAUGAUGCCAAGAAUGCCCUCCUUUACCUCCAGGAAAGUGGCCACCCCUCAUGCCUAGUACCAAUACUAAGGAGUAAUACUCCACCACUCCAGCUUAGUACCAAUGCUAGAUAUGGAAAAACUGGUUAGUAUAAGUGCUCAAUAUCUAUAAUUAGCAGCAAAUCACCAACAAGGGGUUCUCUCCACACUUGUGAAGUGGAUAGUAAAGAAAACAGACAAGCGCUGAUCACCUCCUGUGUAUUAUCUUUAGUACCAAUGCUAGGGAGUAAUACUCCACCCCUCCAGCAUAGUUCCCAUUCUGGAAAGUGCUAAUGCCAGGCAGUUAUACCGUUCCCAUGCUAGGAAGUGCCCAUGCCAGGCAGUUAUACCACUCCAAUCUAGACUAGUUCCCAUGCUAGGAAGUGCCCAUGCCAGGCAGUUAUACCACUCCAAUCUAGACUAGUUCCCAUGCUAGGAAGUGCCCAUGCCAGGCAGUUAUACCACUCCCAUCUAGACUAGUUCCCAUUCUAGGAAGUGCCCAUGCCAGGCAGUUAUACCACUCCCAUCUAGACUAGUUCCCAUGCUAGGAAGUGCCCAUGCCAGGCAGUUAUACUACUCCAAUCUAGAAUAACUCCCAUGCCAGGCAGGUAGUGACAUCACCUCCCCCUACCCUAGUGCCAAUACUAAGCAGUGCCUGUGCCUAGAAUACUUCCCCUACCAGUUCCAAACCGGGGCAGCAAAUGCAACGCGCAACUUCCCCCCACCCAGUGACCAUUCCAAACAUGACUCCCUUUCUACGUUGUCUAUUGCAGGCACUAAACUUCUCUCCCCAGAGCCCAUGCCAGGCAGUAUAUCUCCACAUCACUUUCCAUGCCAGUAAUUAACUUCCUUCCCCAUGCAAUUCAGGCAUUGACCUUCCCCUUCCCUGGAGUUCAAGCAAAGCAUUGAAUCCUUACCCAUGUUCUCAUGGUAAGCAGUGACACUUUUUGCUUAUUGCUUCACCCCAUAAUUGAUGAAUGGGAGACCUUAAAAGUGAGAUGUCUUUUUGUGAUAAGGAAGGUGCGAACCACCUUCUUCCAGCUUACUGAUUUCAGAGCCACAACAUGUAAAAUCUGCGUGUUACAAAAUCACUUAAAGCCACAGCUGUGAUUUAUGGUAUAUUUAUCAAACUAUCCAACGUCACUCCAGCGUUACUUUAUGAUCACAGCUGGUUAUCGUUUAGUUACUGUGGAACAUUAUGUAUUGAAGCUGCUUUGUUUUCAAACGUAUUGUCUUGAUAAUUUGAUGUCUUUGUUUUCAUAAAUUAAUGUAGACAAUGGAAGAACUUUUGUACGUUUAUAAAACAUGGAACUAUAAUUUUCUUUAGGCAUUAAAAAUGGCACCAAAAGUAACCACAGAGCUUCUACGCCAACUGCGGCAGACAAUGCGAUCUCCCAGAAGCCUCUCCGAGCCAAUCCAGGCAUACAUUGUUCCAUCUGGGGAUGCUCAUCAGGUAUCUCAAAUCUCUCAAACGUUACCCAGCACAGAAUAAAAAUAAUAGCGUUUUAAACAUACAUAUUUUUCGCAUUAUUAGUGUGAACUUUUAAUUCAGUAAUCUCUCAUUAAAUGAACCCAUACUACUUUGUCUCAAUUAAAUAGUCUCGGUGCAGUGGCCAUGUGGUUUUUAAUCCUCUAAUGUAAAAACAUUGCAGUGUUAAACACACCUGUAGCGGCUGUCUUCAGUGCUUUCCUUUUGAGAAGCAUUUGAUUGAAUUAGAUUUUAUUGCAGUUUUGGGGUUCCUCUAAUCUAUGGGCAAGGGCACGACAGUGUUAGGUUAGUGUUAGGAACCUCACCUUUUAGGACAAAUAACAUUUUGGUUAUAUGUAGUAGAGCCACUAGUUGCUCUAUAUUAAUCUGGAAAAAAAAUUAUUUAAUACUGGCAAAGUUGACUACAGAUCAUCAGUACAAAAAUAAAAAUUCAGGUUUUUUAACCUCUUACAGACCAGUGACAUGCUUGCUAUGUAGGGAUUUACAUGCGUGUUAUGUAGGAAGUAUAUAGGGGUGUAUAUAAAAAAUACCCCUCUCAGUCUCAUUAGAGAUAUCUUUGCCAGAAGCUCAAGGAAGGAGGCUGAAGGGUCAGUGUUAGGACCCACUUAGGGGGGUCUGCCUUGAUGUUGGCAGGCGGGUAUUCCCUCCAAUGGCCAUUGGAGCAACUAAAUGACCUCCAUUUGUCUAAAUAUACAGAGGGAUUAAGGAGAGAGCGCAGGUAACUUUUUCUUUUCUUUGGUUUUUACUAUAUAUUGGGGCUGAUGUGUACUGUAGUCAUUGCUGCCGGCCCAGUAGUGAUGGGAGUGAGCGCAGGACUUCUCUUUUUGUUAUGUAGGAAUUUACCUAGGAACCCCUGGUUCUUAAAGCUAACCCCCUAACAUCUAUUCCAGGUCCCCCCAUUUUUUUUAUGUGGAGCUAUGAAUAAAGAUGUAACUUUAAAUUUUGUAUUGUCUUUGUGAAAAAUAUGAAACUGACCACAACAAAUUGUGCCAAUUUCUUAUGAGUUCACAGUAGAGUUCAUAGAAGAGACCUCUCACAGUAAUUGGCGGUGUGACCAGACUAUUCCUUAUCCAGUCUUGUUUGUUUAUUUAUUAUUGGCAUUUAUAAAGUGCCAACAUAUUCAGCAGCUUUUGGGAAAAAGACAAACACAAUAAGAACAGACCGAUUCAACAGGCAGAGGAUCCUGCCCAUGAGCUUACAAUCUAAAGGUUAAAACGGGUAGACGAGACAAGAGGUUGCUGAGGAAUUUGUAUGUGAUGGCAGAGAUAAUUAAUAGUAUAAGGGGUGAAGGGUGACCUGCCUGUGUACAUUUACUGAAAGGAUAAUAUCCGUGCUAGUUAAAUCAUUGCUUUGGAAUGUAAUAGAAAAGUAUUAUUGUGAUCAUAAACAAAAAUCUCAAGAAUGAAGAUUUUAAAAAGUUACCUUUUUUCUGUAAGGUAAAAACAAACAAACAAACGAACUAUACAUCUAUUUUAUUUUAACUGAGAAAUAUAAACAAUAAAAAAAAAAAAAAAAGUAAAAAUGUUGUUCUAUUUUCCUCUCUGCAGAGUGAGUACAUUGCUCCGUGUGACUGCAGGCGUGCGUUCAUAUCCGGGUUCGAUGGUUCAGCAGGUAAGUGAAUGACCUGAGUCCAGUUUGAGAAUUUCUUUUUGAAAUUAUAUUAAUUGGUAUGGGAAUUAACAAGGUUAGUGCACAAGCUAAAAACCAUUUUCAACUCUGUUAUUAUGACCUAAAAGUUAAUGCUCUAAUUUCAAUGCUCUAUGAGCUAGGUCCAUGUACAGAUGUCAUGUAUAAUUUAUAUAUUCAAAUCUGAAGCCCUGUUUGUGCCAUAUUGCAAUAUAUAUUUUUUCGGAAGUUAUUUUGAUUUCAGUAAAAGGGAGAUAUAGGUGGUUGAUCAGGAGGAGAAUCAUCAUUUUCAGUUGUCCUCUAUAAUCCAUUUUUGAAAUGUAUUUUUAAACCCCGUGUAUUUUUAAAACCCAUUCUAUGGCCAAAAUCUAACCGCACAUGGAUGCUCAAUCAGGGCUCAUGAACAGCUCAGAGUGAACCCUCCUGUUUGUUUCUUAUCAAUUAGGUGGAAUGGAAUUGUGAUUUCUUAUUUAUUUGCAAACAGGGACCGCCAUCAUCACUGAGCAGAACGCAGCGCUUUGGACGGAUGGACGCUACUUUCUGCAGGCUGCGCAGCAAAUUGAUAGUAAUUGGACGCUCAUGAAGAUGGGUGAGAUGGCGCUUAGUCUAGCUGCCCUGGUGUGUGUGUUAACAUGUCACUUCUAAAGUCUUUGCAAAGUAACCUACCUCUAUAAUCCAGGUUUUAAGGUGUCGUGGCAAGUAUUGAUAAAUAUACACCAUUUCACUGACUUACACAAAUUAGAAGAAUUACUUGCUUGAGUAAAGUUAUGUAAAUUCAGAACACAAUCACCAGUACAUCUAAAGAUUACCGCGAAGUCACAUGGGAUCUAGAUAGUGAUCAUUAUUUCAGGACCAAAAGAGUUACGUAGGAAAAAAUUUAAAGGGACAUUAUAGUCACCAGAACAACUACAGCUUAUUGCAUUUGUUCUGGUGAGUAGAAUCAUUACCUUCAGGCUUUUUGCUGUAAACACUGUCUUUUUAGAGAAAAGGCAGUGUUUACAUUACAGCCUAGUGAUAACUUCACUGGCCACUCCUCAGAUGGCUGUUAGAGAUCCUUCCUGGGUCAUGGCUGCCUAAAAUCCACCCAAACAUUCAGUAUCUCCUCCCUCUGAAUGCAGACACUGAACUUUUCCUUAUAGAUAUUCAUUGAUUCAAUUCAUCUCUAUGAGGAGAUGCGAGGGCUGUGUUUGAAUCAUGCUGGCUCUGCCUCUGUUCUUCAUCUUUGUCAGUCUCAGCCAAUCCUAUGGGGAAGCAUUGUGAUUGGAUCAAGCUACCACUUCUUUAGGCAAACAGCAUGCAGAGUUAAAGCUUCUGGCUUGAAUACAGUAAGAUUUUUUUACUAGAUUUAUGGAGGCAUGAGGGGCCCAGGGGGGCUAGAGGGUGGUUUUAACACUAUAGGGUCAGGAAUACAUGUUUGUGUUCCUGACCCUAUAGCGAUCCUUUCUUAAAGGAACAUUAUAGAGUCAGGAACACAAACUGAAUCAAUGCAUCUCUAUGAAGAAAAUUCAGAGUCUGCAUGCAGAGCUUAGAGAUGCUGAACGGCAGUGCUGCCUACUUUGCAGCACUGACCCAGGGAGCACCUCCAGUGGCCAUUGGGAGUGUCCCUAGGGGGCAAUGUAAACACUGCCUUUUCUAUGUAUGAAAAAGCCUGAAGGCAAUGAUUAUACUCACCAGAACAAAUACACUAAGCUGUCGUUGUUCUGUUGACUAUAGUGUCCCUUUUAUCACUGUGUGCAUUCUCCUCCUGUCAUGUGUACACUUUUUAUUGAUAUGCUCUUGCUGCACACAUAUACACCAGGUUGGCAUAUUAUUAUAAUUAGUAUUUAUUUAGUGCAAACAUAUUCAGCAAAACUUUACAAUUAUAUAGAGGGGACAUUUAGAAGAGAAGAACGCCUGCUCAAACGAAGAUUUGAGGUAAGUGGAGUUAUAUUGUUAGGUGUCUUGCCCAAGGACACUUACUGGUGAGGUCGGACUGUAUUUCGAACCUGGGUUUCCCGGUUCCGAGGCAGUGAUUUACCACUUCAAACAGCCAGACCAGCAUAUAAUGGUGCACUCUUGCAGGGUGUUUAGUAAAUAGCUUCUUGAUCCAAGGAGAUAUCUGACUGCCAUUUCGGGGUUUAAGAAGGAAUUCUUUCCAAGUUUGUUGUGAAUUUAUAAGCAAUUUAAACUGCUGAAUCAGCAGCAAAAAUAAGAGAGGCUGAACUUGCUGGACGCAUGUCUCUUUUCAGCUACUUAAUAAUGUAUAAUUAAUGUUAGUGUAAUUAGUUAAUGAGGCUGACCUGUUCUUGCAAUUCAUUCUCUAUUGCAGAAUAAAAUUGACAUUUUAUCACGUUGUUUUGUAUGAUGUUUAUCUUCUGGCUACAUAACAAUGUAAAAAUCCAGGGCUGUGAAGCUAAAUCUAAUUGAAUGAACAGCUGAUGAAUAUUGUUAACCAACUUAAUUAUAUUUAUUUUCUGAACCACAAAUGCAUUUCCCGCUGGAAACUUUGAACAUGUAAUGCGGUUGAUGCAUUAACCAGCUGAGCUAUCCAGGACUAUGUUACCUUACUCAAAUGUGUAGGUGAAAGUGUUAGGGUAAUGGAACAAUGAUAAAUUGUUGUUCUAAGGAUAUCGACUCUCUCUCUGCCAAAGAGUCCUCUAAAGUCUCCUGAUAUGUGUACUGUCCUGUCAGAUUGCCCAUCACAUGGUCUGUGUUUAUAUAUUUUACAUUUUAUUACUUACAGGGCUGAAAGACACUCCAACGCAGGAGGACUGGCUGGUAAAUGUGCUCCCGGAAGGCUCGCGAGUUGGUGUUGAUCCAUUUAUCAUCCAAACAGGUAUAUCAAGCUGCUGUCACAGGUCCUUUACAUCACAUUAUGGAAUAACCCUGGUUAAUAUGAGGUGGUCGUCAAGCCGCACUGAUAUAAUGGACCUGCUUAUAAUUUACAGAUCAGUGGAAGAGUAUGUUUCUUGCUCUAAAGACUGCUGGUCAUUCUAUGGUUCCUGUAGAAGAAAACCUGAUCGAUGCCAUCUGGGCAGACCGACCACCAAGACCGUGCCAACCCUUGAUCACUCUGGGACUGAAGUACACAGGUUUGUGUCAUCUAGGAUUUACACAGCUCUAAAUCUGUUCACUUUAAAUUGGCGUGUGAUCUCUUGCCAUGCUUGCUGCCACAGAUGGAAAUGGGUUUCUGGGUGCAGGUUAUAAGGAUUGCAUCAUUUAGUGCUACUCGUGGCUUUGCCACAUAGACAUUCCGUGUUGAAUGUUGGCAGCAAGAGAUGUGCUAGUUAUCUGUUCACACAUAACCAGUACAUCCGCUAGCAUCGAGGACCCCGGCUCUGUUGAAACCACAGAAAACUGUUUGUUUUGGUGAGAAUUAACCCGACAGAAAGUUAUUCACUAAAGUAAGACUUUAAAUUGAAUUUCAAAUGCAAGAUCAAACUAGCCAAACUGGAAAAAUUCUCUAAUUCAGCUACGCUUCCUGGUCAGCUACUUUGGCUUUAAAAUAUUCAGCCUUAAAGUCACUGUGAAUUCACUUUAAAAUCUAAAUUUUAAAAAAUAAUCAUGACAGUGUGUCUUUUUCAUUGUAUUUUCCCAUGUGGAAUUCUCAUUAAGAAAUGAUAGUGAUAUUGAUACAGGAUAGACUGAGGAUGGAUAUCUAUUUAUUUAGAAGUAUUUAUGUUGGCGUUUAUUUUCGUGUGUGUGCGCGCGCGCCUGCUUCUCCUUGUGAUUUAUAUCUGUCAAUACCUCUCUCUAUACAUCUAUAUAUAAUUAUUUUUGUUAAACUCUUGUGACCAUUUCACCUCAUUUCACCUUACAGGAGCUGGGACCAUACCAUCUUCUUUCUCUAUAUCAGGGGUUUCCAACCCAGUCCUCAAGACCCCCUACCAGUCCAGGUUUUAGGAAUUACCCUGUUGUGUCUAAAGUGUUUUAUAAAUUUUUUUCUUUCUAAAAACACCAUAAACACAACUGGCUUAUACCUAAAUCCUGGACUGGUAGGGGGUACUUGAGGACUAGGUUGGGAACCCAUGCUCUAUACCCAUCCCACAUGUUCUUUUUAAACCAUAUUUUUCAUAUGGCUAUGCCAAGCCCAAGUUCAUUGCUAAACACACCACAUAUAUAGAAUUAAUGUGACAAAUUAAUAAACUAAUAGAAAAGGGGUUUAGAAGAGUAUUUAUUGGUCAUGUGUUAAUUAUUUUUUAGAAAUGCACACAGUAUUAUUACUUUUAUUCAUUAUCCUAAUAUUUAGGAGAAAUAUUACUUUUAUUAAUAUUUGUUCCAUUUAAACAAUAAAUUUAUUUCUAACAUUUGAAUUUUUUAUUUUAGAUUUAGAGCCUUUCCACGGUGUAAAAAAACUGCUUACCUCUAAUCCAGCAGCAUUAGUCUUCUCGCUGCAAUUAGAACUCAGCUCUAGGGCCACUAUCACUGGUGAUGAUCUUCUGGCAGUCUAAUAGAGAAGCAUUGAAACAUGGCAUUUGCAUGGCAGCUGGCACAAUCUGCUCAUAGAGAAACAUCAAAACCAAUGCUUCUCUCCUGCUUCCGCUUACUCUGGUUGGCAGCUGAGAGGUGUUACUAAGGGGUAUUGUAAAAGCGUAGAUUUAUUUUGAAAUCAACACUUAUGGAACACAGUGUUAACCACUAAAGAACUUCUUCUUUAACUUUCACUUCAGUCCAGAGUUGCCCUCUCUCUAAUUUUAAAUGUAUUAUGCCAAUGAAAUGAAAAUGCAACAAACAUGCUCUCUCUAAACAUAUUCCUUCCCAAGCUAUAUCCCAUUAGCUAAUCAUCUUGGCAUCAGCAAGGAAGCGACAGUUUUGGUCAAUUAUUAUUGUCCCGUAGCACUAUAUAGGAAUAGCUCUGCGAAUAGACAUGCAAUGUAUGGAAGGUCAAGAAGGAAACGGAAUGCAUUCGCGUGCACUUGUGGUGCUGCCAUUAUCUUUAAUCAUAAACUACCGAAAUGCAAUGAACUAUGUAGCAGCUCAUUUUCUGUUGGGAACUAAUAUAAAUAUAUAUUGGUGUGUAAUCCUUGCUGGUUGUUACAAGUUGCUGUUGUGUCACUGCUGUUACAUAGUAACGGUGAUCAAGAUGAAUGUGUAACCAUAUGGGAUUGUGAUCUUACUGUUACAGGAAUUUUGUGGAAAGAAAAGAUAGAAACCCUCAGGACCCGCAUGGCAGAGAGGAAAGCCUCUUGGAUUGUCCUGACUGCGUUAGACGAAGUUGCUUGUGAGUAACGUUAUUAAAUUCAAGGAGGACCAGCAAUCUAGCUCCGUUUAAAAAACAAACAAACAAAAAAAAAACUCUUAAUGUAACAGUGUAAGCUGAUUGUUAACAAAGUGAUGCACAAGACGCUUUGGAAUACCAUGUGGGAAACUAUGGGAGCCAGUUAUCCAGGAAGCUGCAAAUUAUACCCUACUAAGGGUAGUGCAGGACAGGAUAUGGUUAAUAUCUUUUACCUCUGUAAUCCAUAUUGAUUUAAAUAAAAUAUAAUUAGUAUGAACAAGUGCAAAAAUCUGAAUUGUGUGCCGUGGAGCUUCCCAAUAGUUAUAAAAAUAGUAAUGUCCCAAAAUUCUUCCUAAUGUAUGCACAAUACUGUAACAGAUCACCAUCAACAUAUUAGAGUAAUUUGACAGCUAUAGUUUAUAAUCCGAUUAAAACCCACAUAAUCUUCAUUUGGGCAUUUGAAUCCAAACUAAUGCUGCCGGGCGAUGCUGCCAGCCUCCCCCCAUCCAAUGAGCUGUGAAUUUAGGGUGGAACCCCAUGGCAGGUGAGGGGUUAAAUGGAAUGAGAACAGUGGGUAGUUUAGAGUUAGGACAUGUAGUUCAGAAGCCUCUACUACUACAUUUUGAGAUCUUAGAAGCCCUCAUGCUUGCUCCGAGUAGGACUUCCUCUGGUAGGUUUACCCAUUGGUAGAUUUUAUUCCCUUUUAUAUAGACACCCCUAUUUUAUUACUUAGAGUUGGGUUUCUAUUUCAUCCAUUUCAUUUUUUUUUUUGUUUAUCCCAAUUUUAUGUCCAUGCAGAUAUUACCAGUAACUGCAAACUUUGGCUAAUUCUAUGAUUAGUUCAAUAACUAAUGUCUUUAUAUAAUCUAGUGCCAUUUAUAGAGUCACACCUGUGGCAGAGUAUUAGGGAUAGGUUUAGUAAAUGUGUUUAUAUUUGUCUAAUUCUCAGGAAUCAUAAGGCGUAAUAUAUCCUGGGCUUUAUAUGUGAAGGUGUGGUGGGAAGAAUGGAGAGAACAGCAUCUUUUAUAUCAAGUACAUUUGUUCUCUAUACCUUUUUUAAUCUGACUCUUUCCUCACUUCAGGGCUUUUUAACCUAAGGGGGUCAGACGUGGAGUACAAUCCUGUGUUCUUUGCUUAUGCCAUCAUCGGCACAAAUACCAUAAGGUGAGAAUGAAAAUCCUCAGGGUUAAACACAUGCGUCUCAAAAAAUGGUUUUAUUAACCGCAUUACUGGAGCCUUAAUAUGCAUACCCUUAAUCUGUGCUCCUUACAGUGCAAUCAUACAGUGUCAAAAAAAUCAAUUAAAAAGUUUAAUUAUAAAAAGUAAAUAACACUUAGUGUUUUAGUGCCCUCUCUGCAGAACCAAUAAUCAGUUUCCACCUAGACCCCCCAUUACAAUAUAUUACAGUAUUACGGAAGAUGGUGCCGUCUUCUCUUACCUCUACUGUCUAUAGCAAUGUAUUAUGACAUAAAUUGCAUGUGAUAGCUGAAUAAAAUGUUGUUUUCUACGGCUGCCUCAAUGUGAGGGGUCUAAAGGAGAAAUAUUUUGAAGAUAUUUAACUACUCUUUCCAUUAAAGUAUGUGUUGUCUUUCCUGUCGAUCCAUGGUUUUCUAUGGGAAGUGUGUUGGUUUGAGCCUUUUCCAAUUCUAUAGGAGUUACUAUCCUUAUUGACACUAUUGCUAAUUAUUAAUCUCAUUUCAUAGUUUGUGCUGUUUAGUAACCCACGCAGCUUAUUAAAUUCUGUUAAUUCUCUGCCCUGGCGCCUUUCCUGGCAGGUUAUUUAUCAAUGGUGACCGUCUGGCUGACCCUGUGGUAAGGGAGCACCUCCUUCUUGACUCAUCUCACCCAGACGCAUUUCGAGUCCAGCUGGAACCUUAUGAGUCUGUACUUCCUGCACUCCAGAGCAUCUGUGCUGGACUGGGCCCCAAGGAGAAAGUGUGGAUCAGUGACAAGGCCAGCUAUGCUCUGACAGAAGCCAUUCCCAAGGUAUGAUGGACAGAGACUGCUUCUAGCUACAUUGUGUCGGAGCCUAAUUAGUGGCAGUACUUGGCUCUCACGCUGAAAGUUUGCUGCUAAUUAAUUUAUGCUAAAUAGGUUUUCUGUACCCUCUAAAGGAUGCACUCUUUUAUUCCCAGAAUCACAGAUACCUCUCGCAGUGUAUGCCAGUUUGCCUGGCAAAGGCAGUGAAGAAUGCUUCUGAAAUUGAGGGCAUGAGGCGGGCACACGUAAGUACAGCUGUCUCACGGAUGGGGAAUCAGGAAUAAUUUUAGCCAUUUGCUUUUCACAGUUGCUCAUUGGAUUUUCCUUACUAAUAAUUUCUGUGUGAUUUGUGGUGUACAGUGUUUUAAUACUUUCUGAUUAUUGCUUGCUCACUGUAGCACGGUGUGAUGGCACACUGGCACACUUUACAACAAAAAUGUAAUUUAAAUUUACCAUGUAAGCAACAUUUUUCAAAUGUGCAGAAACAACUAUCUUUUUAAUUUAACGUUUUAGUAUAUCCCGCUAUGUGUGAGCAUGGUGGCUGGAGGACUGUGCUCACUGGUGAAUCCACUUACAUAAGGUAUGGGUUAGAUUUAGUAAUUUACCUGCAGCAGAUCUAGCUAUCCACAUGUCUGGUUACAUAAAGCAAUGCCCUUCUCUCAGGCCCUAUUUGUAGGCUGGUCUGAUUUUGAAACAUAUUUUUAUUUUUAUAUAUGUAAACAUUUUAUUUAAGAGCCACAAGCCUCCUGUCUCUGAAUCUCCCCCUGGGAUUUUCUGGUGAUAAAUGCAGUGCUGAGUCGACACACAAUGCAGUUCUCUCAUUACCCCUACUACUGGUCUGAGAUCCAAAUAAUAUGGCUCCCGUAGGUAGCCUGAAUGUUAUUAGCUCUCUGUAAAUCAUUGUUAUAAACAGUUUUUUGCACCUGGCAGUUAGCAUAGGGAAACUUUUUUUUGCACCUGGCAAUUAGCAUUUAACAAUGUUUCUAUUUCUCCAUUGUGUUAUUCAACGGUUUAAAUUUCUGCGACAGGUUCCCUUAAAAAGCUACUGACCAGCACUUUUAGAAUUGCUGCUGAUGUAGUCUGAAAAUCCUAUAAUGUUUCUUUGCAGAUGUCUGUACAAUUACCCCAUGCUAAUUAGUGUACUGCUUCACGUAUACCUCAGGCACAUCAUGAGUUAAAGAAAAUGUCCUGUUUGUAAUCAGUGCCCACUGAACAUUGCAGUGUGCAUAGUAGAAGCAGGGUUCAAAAUUUCCACUCGCCAUGAGCCAUUGAGUAGACAUUCACCCCUGUGGCUCGCAGUGGUCAGUAAUUGUAAAGUUCUGGCUAGUAGUGUAGGACUUCAAAGUUUAAACUCUAAAAUAAAUAUAUAUUCAAAGAAAAUCCCAGGUUAGCCAGUUUUACAUAUCAACUGGAUACAUGAGCUCUGUAAACCUUUGUUAACCCCUUAAGGACACAUGACAUGUGUGACAUGUCAUGAUUCCCUUUUAUUCCAGAAGUUUGGUCCUUAAGGGGUUAAAGGGAUACUGUGGUCACUUAUUUGUUAAAUAAACUGCUUACAUAACAAAAUUGAGGUCAAGUAAGAGGAAGAAAAUAUCAACAAUCUUCACUUCCAAAUGCUGUUUCUCAGUUGUGAUAUGUCUUUCAGCUUGGAACCAGUUGUAUUGCUAUAUAAAGAUACCAAUAAUGUUUGCAUCUGUGAUGCUUAGUGUUUUUCUGGGGUGUUUAGUGGACAGUUUAGGUACCAGUCACAGGUUGCUGUACAUAUGUUUAUGCCCCUCUCUGUAUAAUUCUCUUUUGUAGAUAAAAGACGCUGUUGCACUUUGCGAACUGUUCAAUUGGCUGGAGCACGAGGUACGCAGUGAUAUCUAAUUAGUGUUAGUGCUGAGGUUUUUUUUUUUUUUUUUGGAUCCUUAUUAAAGCCACACUACAAGCACAAUAACCAAUAACAAUACCUUUUUUUUUUUUUCGCAUCAGAUUCCAAAAGGCUCUGUUACAGAAAUCUUGGCGUCAGACAAAGCUGAGGAGUUUCGCAGGUGAUAUUUCCUAGUUAUGCACAGGAAGGCUUUAUAACAAGUUCUUUCUAUGCUGAUCACCAAAUUAUUGUGUGCUUAUAUAAUAAAUACAUUCCUAUGUCUGCUAUUCCUAGUCUCUCUGAGUAUCUAGUGUUGUUGAAAGGGACACUAUAGGCAGCUGAUUGGAGUGGUCUGGGUGCAAUGCCCCUGUCAGUUUAACUCUGCAAUUAUAAUUAUUACAGUUAGUUAUAAUCUGCGAUAGUUACAUUGCAGGGUUAACUUGAUCUCUAGUGGCUGUCUACUAGUUAGACUUUUGGUCAUUGGCUCUCGCCAAAUGAUGGCGGAGGAGUAGCCUGACGCAGCACUGAUGGACAUCGUUGGUGGAUUCAGAAAAGUGGCACUCUUUCAUCAUUAUGAGGGAGGUGGGACCAAGAGUAAGGGGGGGGGCAUUAUAGGGGACUAUAGUGCUAGGAAUACAACUUUGUAUUCCUAGCACUAUAGUUUCCCUUUAAAUUAUUGACUUUAUCCCCAAUUAGCUAUUAAAACGAAUAUAUUAAAGUAUUUCCAUUUUGUUAUUUCUUUAUAUGUAACUUGAGGGAAAAUGUGGAAAUAGAAGUGCUGAAUCUUUUUCAAGAAGAAAUUAAGCUUGACUUAAUAUGUGAUCAAAGAUUAAUAUGUAAGCUUCCUUUUUCGAAGAGUUUAGCGGUUUAGUAGAAGGACUCUCUAGUAACCUAGGUUACAAGCAUACUCUAACAUCAUGUCAACACUACCUCAUAUUCCCCUCUCCCCGAUAUCCCUCAUUUAAAAAGAGAACUAUAAAUACAAAUGGUAUGAUUUUUACAAAAUUUUGAUCAGUGGUGUAAAAUAGUUUAACAAUUACAUUUUGGGGGAGCAGCAGCAGACACAGUUUGAACAAAUAAAGGAUAUCUUGUCAUGGUUCUGAUUAAUGUCCUAACUUUGUUUGCAAUUCUGUGUUUUAGCCAGCAAAAGGAUUUCGUAGAGCUCAGUUUUGCUACAAUUUCCAGCACUGGACCCAAUGGCGCAAUCAUACAUUACAAGUAAGACAAAUAUGUUACAUACAUGGUUGGAUUAAUCUACCUUUUUUUAUUUUUUAUUUUUAUAAUUUUGUAAUACUUGCAAUGUAUUUAUUUCAUAGGCCCGUCCCUGAAACUAACAGGACAUUAUCGUUAAAUGAGAUUUUUCUUCUUGAUUCAGGAGCUCAGUACAAGUAAGCAAUCUCUCUCUGCCCUGUGCUUUUUUGGGGGCUGGUUUUCAUGCGAUCUGUCUGCAGAGACUCAUAGCUCUUAUUUGUCACAUUGCUUUUCCCUGCACCAAUUAUAAAUUGUUACGCUUUGAAUGGGGCAAACACACCAUACAUAUAAUCUGAGAUAUUUUACUACAGAAACUUUCAAGUCUUGCUCUCUAAAGGCUUGUUUAUUGACAAAGGAUAGAGAAAUGGAACUCUGUAAAGAUUUCAAAUUUUCCAGGAAUAGAAUUCAUGCUUCAGAUGCUUGUGUAUGAAGUGUAUGUGUCAUGCAAAAUUCAAACUGUUUCAUUGUUGUUUUUUGAAAACUGUUUUAUUGUAAUCCACAAGCAUAGAAAACCGAUGUCAAUGAGACAUGCAGGUCUUCGGCAAAAAGCAGGUCACCACAUUUUGUAAUUUCAGAUUUCGUGGCCUCGCAGGGCCAUUCAAGUAAUAUCCUAUUCUAAGUGCGGACUCGCAGGUCCAGUAGCCUAACGUAGUAACAUAAAGUGCAGAACGUAAAACAGUAAGUUAGCCUCAAAACAAAGACUCUCUCUCUCUACAUCAGCCUAAAGUUCCAUAUAAACAUAUAAGUAACAUUCUGUGUAUCCCAGGUAGAAGGGAUAGUUAUAAGUCAUUAACUAAACUCCUGCAUCUCCCCAAUCCGUACUGUCAUGUUCACCCGACUCUCUUAACCAGAACUAUAUGGUCAACGCAACCAGGACUGCUAGAAUAAGAGUGGCAAGUAAACGCAAGUGAGGGAGCUGCAAUUCCCUUAAUCAGGGCGGAUAUGCCCGACCGAUGACCCAAGAUCUCCCUUAGGCCUGUACGCCCUCAGGUUUCCCCCUGAAAACUCCAAAGAUCUCUGUAAUCCAACAGUCUCUAAAAGCCUGCUUGGUAGACUACAGUUAACCAGUGUGUCCAUAUAUCCAUGGAGGUCUGAGAGCGGUCCUGGGCCAGUCAGGCCCUCUAGUCUAUGUAAAUCUUCUAUUUUAUCAAACCAGACUGUCAAAGGUGGGCACUUGUCUCUUUUCCAGAACAGGGACAGUACUUGUUAUGCUGUGUUCAAGAUCAUUACAGUCAAGAACUUCUUGUACCUGGCAGUGGGUGUAGUAGUGUGAUGUAAGAGAUAAGGAGCUGGCAGAAAGGGAGAGAGUUAUCAGAGAACCUUGAUAGAACCUCUUGGAUCACGUACCAGCAUGGUUUUAUCUUGGGCCAGUCCCACCAGAGAUGUAGGAACAAGCCUGGGCUGGUAUGGCACCUCCAACAUUCGUCAGUUAGUGUACAGUAAUGAACCAGGUCACAAAUCCUGCCCCAUUGUUAGUCAGUAAAAGUCUCCCCAACUGCAACCUCACAUUUUACCAUGAAUGAGGGCAAAGGAAGGUUUCUAUUCUGUAAGAGCAGGCAAGGGUAUAGGCAAGUUAUUGCAUAUAGGAGGGGUCGUCUCCUAAUUUCUCGAAAGGGGUCAAAAUCCUGUGUAAGUCAGGUUUUUAGGAUACUGAGGUCAGGAACUGCUUAAGUUGUUCAAACUUCAGUCUAUGCAGAAAUGUUUCACGUGUGUCGCCCAAUAAUUCCCCAAGAGGUCCCCUUUUUGUAAAUGUCGGGCCUGCAUGUGUGAUAGCGGAAGUAGGCACACAAACGCCCGUGACUCUAGGCCUGGGGUAAAAGCAGGGUUAUUCGUCAGAGGAUAAAGAGGGAAGGGGAAGGAGGAGGAGAGUCCAGACUUUGAGGCGAUUCUUUGCCAGAUGGUUAAAGUUGCCUUCACAAACGGCUAAAGAAAAUCUGUUACAUGUGCAUUUAUUUUACCUAUUUUGUCUUUAGCCAUUGUUCCUAUGUUGUAGAGGUAAAAACAAAUAUGAUUGCCUUCCAAGAACAUACAUACACAUCUGUCCUGCAUGUGACCUACUGACUUAAUUAUAGAUUUAAUUUCACUGGAUGUAAUUGACCCCUUUAUGUAGAAGUAAAAUUUCUGCAGGAGUAAAAUACAUAACCGGCCUGUCCCAUAACAUUAACAUGUAUCUAUCUCUAUUCCAUUAUGAAGAAUUUACUGUCCCUUCAAGUCAGAGGUAGGCAACUUUUGGCACUCCAGAUGUUGUGAACUACAUCUCCCAUGAUGCUGUUACAGGCAUAAUGCUGGCCAUUACAACAAAAAACAAGUGGGUGGAUGGUGAAAGUAAUAAUAGGUCACAAAUCUAGUGUAGGCAAGCCACUGUCAUAAGGUCACUCCCAACCUUUACAUAAAAUACAAACAAUAUCUGGACACUACUCCAGACAACAGGGCGCCACAACCACUAUAAAUAUAUGUAAAAAUCACAAGGAAUAAGAAAUAUAAGGUGGAAGGACAAAGUCCACUUUAUUAUAUAUAAAAGUGCAAUGAAUAGUGCAACAAUGCGUUUUGUUGAGGAAGUCGACAUCGACGAAACGCGUUGAGCAUCUACAAGAGCCUCAUAUUUGGUAUAACAGUUUUUAGUUUACAUGUACUCUAUGUUGCAGUAUUUAUUUGGUGAUAUUUUUUGGUGUAUGUGAGUGAUAUUUGCAUCUUGCACUUUUGCACUUAAGCACUUUACUGUUGGAGUCAUUGUAUAUACAGCUGCUACCCCUAGGGGCUCUUGCAUAUAUUUUAUUCUAUUUUGUUUUUUUAUUUUGCACUAUUCAUUGUUGCACUAUUCAUUGCACUUUUAUAUAUAAUAAAGUGGACUUUGUCCUUCCACCUUAUAUUUCUUAUUCCAUGUGAUUUUUACAUAUAUUUAUAGUGGUUGUGGCGCCCUGUUGUCUGGAGUAGUGUCCAGAUAUUGUUUGUAUAAUGCUGGCCAUGCAUCAUGGGAGAUGUAGUCCGCAUCUACAGUGCCAAUAGUUGCCUAACCCUGCUUUUUUAAAGUGUAAAUAUUUUUGCUUCUUGUGGUCUUGUUUCUGCUAGGGAUGGUACUACGGAUGUCACAAGGACCGUGCAUUUCGGUUCCCCAACAGACUACGAGAAGGUAUCUUUCUUGGUGUUUGUUUGGGUCAGUUUUUCCAAAUCUGAUGAAAUGUCCUGGGCACUGAUUUUGCCUAUUUUUAUUUUCAGGAAUGCUUCACGUAUGUGUUAAAAGGACACAUAGCUGUAAGCUCGGCAGUCUUUCCCAAUGGAACUAAAGGUAAGAUUAUAAUGUGUUUUUUUUUUUUUUUGUUUUUUUUUUGGAUGUGGGAUGGUUAGGGUGCUGCUCAUACAAGUGCGCAGUCUGUCUAACAGUGAUGUCUAACCUUCAUACUGAACAUAUUUCUGAACUAUAUUUGUGUCCUCAAAUGGACACUCUGAGCACCUAAACAACUUUAGCAGUCACACUGCUCACUUCUCUGUUAUUUAGGAGCUAAAUUGCAAUGUUUAUGCAGCCCUAGUAACAGCUUCCCUGGAUGCUUUGACAAGUGAGGCUGUUGUAGGCUCAAUUAACAGCAGUAGAUAAGAAAGGAAAGCUAAAACAAAAAAAAGUCACAGUGCUAGUCACAGCCCAGCAGGUGUGGCUAGCACUGCAAAACCAGAACAAUUUUAACUCCUAAUUGGUUGCGUAUUGAGCAGUGAGACUGCAGAAGCAUGAUCUAUACACCAUAACCACUGAAGGCUGGCUAUGCAUCUUGGAAAAUUCAAUUCACAAACAUCUGCAGUGGGCAAUUACUGGUCUUAAGGAAGCCUGCUAUGGUGACACAAGGGAAAAUGCAUCUUUUUUUUUUUUUUUUAAAUCCCCCCCACACCCCCAACUUUUUUUGCAUACUGUUAUAAAACAUCAAAUAGAUUGUUUUUCCCCCCUUUUUUUUUUUUUUUGUAGCAGUCUGACACAAACUGAGGUCUUCCCAGGCACCCACAGCUUGACCCCAUGCAUGCUAUAGAUAUGCCUGCUGUAUUGCUAAUAUAUAACGUCUACAUCUGAAUUAACAAUGCCAAUUUCAUCCAAUUUUGGAUGUCCCCGAUUAACUGAGAGUGUCCGCUGAAACGCCAGUUCUUGCUGUGCAUAUGUAUACAAAAUUGACUUUAAUAAUGUGGAAGUGUAACUUCCACACACUCAGUACCUUUUAAAGGGUCAUGUUCUCUGAGGAUUGGGGAUGAGUUUUUUUUUUUUUUUUUAAUCUAAAUAUUAAUCAGGGUUAUAAAUGAAAGUGAGAAAUCAAAGUGAAUGUCAAAUUUAAGGCAGAAAAAGCUGAAUGACUGACAUAAAGAAUUUUUACAAUUGGAUUUUUUUGACCUUAAAAGAUUACUCCAACCACCAUGACUACUUCAGUAAUUUAAAGUGAUCAUGGUGGUAGGAGUCGGUAUGUGCAGUGUUUCUGCUUGCAACACUGCACACACUGAGUUAAUUGUUAAUUGUGUGCUGGGGGCUAGUUAAACUCAACAACAGAUGGCAUUGGCAGCCCAGAAUUCUGUGCAAGAAAUUUGUCUAUCACUUUGUGUUUGAAAUGUUACACAUUGUACCUCUCUUAGCACUAAACUAGUUUAAAUCCAAAAACUAAUUAAAUGGUGAUGAAGCAACUCUAACUUCAUAAAUAUAUAUCGCAUUGAACGUGUCUCUGUGGAACUCAUUAAAUUCUUGGAUUAAUUUUGCCAAUUAUUGUUCUGCUAAUGUUUCAAUUAAUUAUGUGUUGUCCACUGAUGUGUGGUAAACCUUUUGUGUUUGGAUGGGUUGCAAGUGUCACUGCAUUAAAUCCAUUUUCCUAUUUGUGUGCUAAAAAACAAAAAUCCAUAUUGUGAAUACAAUUGGGAAAAAUUGGGAAGAAAAUUUGGCACACAAAAUCUCCUUCCUGACAUAUUACUGUGGCCUGCAGGACAUCUCCUGGACUCUUUUGCACGUUCGGCUUUAUGGGAGGUUGGUCUGGAUUACUUGCACGGAACUGGCCACGGUGUGGGAUCUUUUCUAAAUGUCCAUGAAGGGCCCUGCGGCAUCAGCUACAAAACCUUCGCAGACGAGCCCCUGGAAGCAGGGAUGAUUCUUUCUGAUGGUAUGUCAUCAUCGCCUUACGGGUCGAUCUCCAUUCCUCCCCCCCUUUCCAUUUCUCCCACUGACUCACUUUAAUGUAUAUUGACUGAUUUUCUAGUUAUCUGUUUGCAGAAAUAUUAAUACACGUUAUCCAUUUGCAGAACCGGGUUAUUAUGAAGAUGGCUCUUUUGGUGUAAGGAUUGAGAACCUGGUCCUUGUGAUUUCUGCUAAAACCAAGGUGCAUGUACUAGACUCACAGUGACAUUCUAUAUAUAUAUAUUUUUAAUUCUCUAUUAUGUUCAGAGUAGGUACAUAUUAUGAAAACAAUUAGCAAUUCAUCAUAAAAGAGCAAAAAGCACAUCUAUCAAUUUUCUGCAUUGUUUUACAAAUAAAUUUUCUUAAAUAAAAUGCCGGAUUUGUUCAACAAAGGUGAUAUAACUUUAGGACGACAACAAAGGAGUAAGGAAACAAAAGAAAAUAUCUGUCGUGGGGAAGCCAAAGCUUCUGAAAGAUUAACACUGUGUUUCUUACUUGGCUUAUCCAUCUAAUCGUUCUCUUUAUUUUAAUCAAAACGACCUUUAGUGAAAGAACUGUAUCUUGCAGCCACUUUGAGGCCAAUAAGUCCGUAUAACUUUAAAUGUGUGUUAUACACAAUGCUAAGUACUCUGCCAGGUGAGAUGCAGUAAGUGGUGAUAAGAUUUCCUUGAAAGCUGCGCUGCUAGUAUAAGAUGGGAACCGGCGGACUGUUUUAUCUUCUUCCUGCGCUCGUUAUAAAUAAAAUAUAUAAUAAUAACUUCUGUUUGACUCCACCUUGGCAAACAAGGAAUCCCACAUUUGCAGGCAAAGUGCUGUUGGUUGCAUUGCGCGGCCUUCUGGGAGGUUUUUUGAUGUGUACACAUCACAGAACCCUGAUCAGAACACCAUCGUUAACUGAGUGUAAAUUUAAACCUAUACAGCCAGAUUUCCUUAGCGAACUAUAAAGCAGCGGUUCCCAAACUUUCUAGGUUCAAUGCGCCCUUAGUAUUUCAAUACUUUUCCAAGGCGCCGCAAGUUAAAAUAAUUUCCUAGGUUGUAUAUAUGUACAGCGCAGCGACAUAUACUGGGCACCUGUUUGGCAGAAAUGCUUGCCGUUCAAGCGCAGAAACAGAACUUAAGCUCUGCAGGGGCAUUGGUAGAUUAUUUAAAGAAACAAUACAGGCACAAUAAUCACUACAGCACUUUGUAGUGGUUAUGGUGCCAGUAGUGCCAUUGUGCCCUCCCAGAGUAAGUAGCCGAAUUGUUUAAGAACAUUUUGACAACUUACCUGGGAUCUGCCGGGAUAGGUGCAGUAGUGUGUCUGAGAGUUGCAAUGAGGUUCAGUGUGCAUGUGUAUAAGGGGUGCAGUGUGUGGUGCAGUGAGUCUACAGGGGUGCAUUGUGUUUGUGAAGGAUGUAGUGUGUGUGAGGCAGUUUGUGCAUGAGGGGUACAGUGUGUGGGGGGACAGGUUGUGUGAUGGGUACAGUUUGUGUAUAUGGAGGGUAAUGUGUGUGUGUGUAUGGGGCAAUUGUGGGGAUAGGAUGGCAGAUAAAUAUAUACUUUUAUUUUAAUUAAUAGUUUUUAUUUUAUUUUAAAUUAAAAAAAAUAUUCAAAUAAUUAUUAUUAAUAUCCCCCCUUCCUGCUUACCUUUGCCUGGGAGGAGGGACAUUUCCUGCAAUCCCUGGUGGUCCGGUGGAGAACCCUGGUGGUCCCAGUGGUAAGAGUGAACUCUAGCAGCCUGAUAGAGUUCACUCUUGUGAGAUUAGGAGUGUUGCCGUGGUAACCGUGGCAACGCUCCGAGCUCACAAGAGGAGAACACGGCGGCGCUGCAGGUUAGAGCUCACCCUGGUCCUCUCUCCCUUCCUCCCCUGCUGGCUGCCAGCAUUACAGUGCUAGCGGGCCGGAGUGAGAGAUCUCUGAUCUCCCCUCUGGUCCUGCAGAGCUGGCAGGGGAGAUGGAGGCACAUGAUGAUAGCAACGGGAAAAUAUCUUGCGGCUCCUCUGUGUGCCUGUCAUGGCGCCCCAGGGUGCCGAGGCACACAGUUUGGGAACCGCUGCUAAAAAGAUGAAUUCAUAAACUAUCUGAGGUCAGCUUGUCACCCUCACAUAUGUAAAAUAUUCUUCUUUUGGAAAUUCUCGUAAUCUACAUUUAACUUCCCAAACCGUUCUUUUUCAGACAGAGCCUAUCUCCGUAAGGGAACUCCCUGGAGAGUUUAUAUGUGAAUCAGUAAUCGUUAAGCUUAACAAAAUACUAAUGCAAUCGUCAGAUCCUUAAUUCACUGAGAAUUUACUGUUUAAUGCUUGUUAUGCGUUUCCUUAGGGUAAAAGCCUUUUAAAACAAUUUGUGUUUUACCUUUUUAAUGUAGCAAACCACAAAUCCCUGGGUAGUAGUGUGUUUUAACAGCUGCAGCUCAUAUUGUCAGGCAAGCAAAAUGCUAAUCGUUCCCACAGAAAACUCGCAGUAAAAGAACUGUUUAUUUUUUUUCCGCUGUAGUAUGACUUUAAGAAUCGGGGGAGUCUGACCUUCGAGCCCAUUACUCUGGUUCCUAUACAGACGAAGAUGAUCAAUAUUGAAUUACUGACUGACAAAGAGGUAAAAUGUAUUUUUAUAUUUAUAACUAAUAUGCUGCCUGUGGAUGGACGAUGUGACGAUACUGAAGUGUUCUAUUUGUAUUAUCAGUGCAGCCGCAGGCCAGCAAUGGGUGAGCCAGGCUUUGGGUGCCAAGGAGAGCCAUGUUUUUUCUUUUUUUUUUGUAUGCUCCAAACAGAUUAACAAUAAAUGGAAAUGGCACCCGUAGACUUACAGCUUUAUAACCACUACCAUGCACAUUCAUUGUUCUGGCAUGUAGAGUGCUCCUUAAAAGGGAACCUGCAAUGCAAAAAGGGGUGGUGGGUGUGUUUGUGUUAUAUACAUAGAGUAAAAAUUAUGCUUACUUAAAGUAUGCUUUAAUUGUUCAUCUUCCCACAAUGCCUAGCUGGUUACUUAGAGCUAUGAUGUGAUUAGCUAAAAACCACAAGCAAACAAGGUUAUUAACCAAAGUGAGAAUUCAAAGUGAAUUUCAAAUUUAAAGGAACACUGUUGUGCAGGAAUACAUAAUUAGGUCCCUAGCCCUCGUGUCUGUGGAGAUCAGAUAUUUUAAUGACCUUUUCUCCCUCGCUGCGACUGGCCCCGCCUUAAUGGCUGAGAUUAUCAAAUUUAACAAUCUCAGCCAAUCCAAUGCUUUCCCAUUGGUAGAUUACUGCGCCAUUCAUCAUUUCCUCGUAGAUAUGCACUGAAUCAGUGCAUCUCUAUGGGGAGCGUUCAGUAUCUGCAUGCAGAGCGUGGGGACACUAAACGUAGGUGCUGCACACUGUGCAGCAUUAGACUAGGAAGCACCUCUAGUGGCGGCCUGAUUUUUAUAACUUUGUAACAGUAUGGCUUUUAAUUCACAGAUUUUACUAUUAGCAUGACGUAAAGUCAUGAUUUUAUUAACGACACGGAGGCGAGUAUUAUGCUGCACUCUUUCUUUAUUUUCCCUCAGCAGCAAAGAAAAAACGUAAUCAAAGUUAACAAUAAACAGUCUGAGAGGAGUAUCCUAGCAACAGGAACAGCCAAUCGGAUUCCACUCUCCAGCAUAAUAGGCUCUGUGAACCAAUCCAAUUCCUCUUGAUUUGCGAUCCCGAAGUAGUGUAAUCAUCCAGUCCAGACAAGAGAACCGUGUAACAAGGGAACUUCCAAUGACCUGAAGAAGGUUAAGCUGUAAGACAAGGAGAAAUAUGGUAAUAUCUUUGUAUUAAACUGGAUGUCCACAUAACUCAUAAUAUGUCCAAUGUCACGACAUUUGUUUAAGAAGUCUGAGCAGUUAAGUGGAGUAUCGGCAAGCCUAACGUGUAUCAGUCUCAAACUACUAGGACUUACCUUGAAAUCAACUUACCCAUAUUCCAUCCUUCCUUGGGAUGGGAGGGAGGGAUAAUACUCGCCUCCGUGUCGUUAAUAAAAUCAUGACUUUACGUCAUGCUAAUAGUAAAAUCUGUGAAUUUUAUUAAGACACGGAGGCUCCUAUUAUGCUGGUUUAAAGCUGGGAAAUUAUAGAUCCCGCGAAGUGUUGAAUGGGUUUAAAGUAAAAGUCCCUGAAAGUCGAUUCUGAGGACCAGUCAGCUGCCUUCAAAAUGUCUUCCAGUCGACAACCGAUCAUGGAGGCUCUGGAAGCCAUCGCUCCUCGCACUGAGUGAGGUAAGAAUAGUGAAGUGUCGAUGCCUGCUAUGGACAUCAUCCAUUUGACCCAUCGCGCCAGGGUCGGGGUAGACACCGGUAGGUGAGGUUUCCGGAAGGAUAUGAAAAGCUCUUGUUUUGUCAUGUCCCGAAAUGUGGAGGUGCGGAGCUCAUAGGAUUGUAGCCACUUGACUGGGCAUAAGAGUGGUCUGUCGGGGAACGCUGGGUAUGACACCGACUUCGAGGACGUCUUCGUUCUGCGAGAGAUAUCGAAGGUGACCCCCUCUGGGGUGUAGGAGCGUGCGGUAAUGUCCAGAGCUCUGACAUCGGAUACCCUUUUGCAAGAAAUGAGGCAGAGAAGUAUAGCCAGCUUGGCCGACAAUUGUUUCAGGGACAGUUGUGCAUUGUCCGGCCAUGAUUCAAUGAAUUUUAGGACGACGGAGACGUCCCAUAACAUCGAAUAUCGUGGGAGCGGGGGUCGGGUGAAUUUAAUGCCACGUAGGAGUUUACAUAUCAACGGGUGUCGUCCAAUCGGGACACCCGCAGUCCCCUGGUGUGCCGCUGAAAUGGCCGAGCGGUAUAGGUUCACUGUACGAUAGGCCUUGCCAUCCUCAAACAGGGACGUGAGGAAGUGGAGGAUAUCACUCACAGGAGCUGAUAUGGGAUCCAAGUCUCGUUCCAGGCACCAAUCACGCCAUUUGCCCCAUGAAGACUUAUAAGCCUGUCUUGUGCCGGGUGCCCAUGCGUUCUCGAGAAGGCGGAGAGUCGAUUCCGAAACUCCCUCGAUUGCCCAAGGUCCCCUGAAAUUAGCCACGCUGUUAGCCGUAGCAGAUCCUGCUGCACCAGGGGGUGGGGGGCCCCAUCUGGGUCCUGCAGUAAAUAAAUGGAGUGUGGGAGAAUUCGAGGCACGUCCACCGCCAUCUCCAGGAGGGGAGGGAACCAAGGUUGGGAGGGCCAUAACGGUGCGACAAGCACCAGGGUUCCCGACUGUCGUCGUAACUGUAGGAGGCAGCGAGGAAUCAGUGCAAACGGUGGAAAGGCAUAAUUCCUUGUGGACGACCAAUCCUGCGUGAACGCAUCUGUCGCUAGCGCUGCUGGGUCCGGCCUCCAGCUGAAAAAUCGGGGAAGUUGCGCAUUCAAGCGGGAGGCAAACAGGUCUUUGUCCAUGGGGCCCCAUAUUGAUUGAAUAGUUCGGAAUACCCUGGGGUCCAAUUGCCAAUCGCUGGCGUCCCGGAGGUGUCGUGAAUACCAAUCUGCCGUGGUGUUGCAGAGCCUGGGAAUAUACUCCGCUGUCACAGAAAUGCCUUGAGUCAGGCAAAACUGCCAAAAAUCUCGUGCCAUGUUCGCCAGGACCUUUGACUUCGUGCCCCCCAGAUGGUUGAUAUAUCGGACUGCCGAUAUAUUGUCCAUCUUCAGAAGGAUAGAGCAUUGUACCAGGGUCGGUGAAAAACUGCGGAUCGCAAAGGAUCCUGCCAGGAGUUCCAGGCAAUUGAUGUGGAGUGUAGCUUCGCUGUUGGACCACCUGCCACCUGUAGAGAUGUCUCCACAGCGAGCACCCCAGCCGUGUAAACUCGUGUCUGAUUCUAUUACCAGAUCUGGUGCGGUGCCAAAAAUGGCUCGACCAUUCCAGGCUUCCAUAUGGUAGAGCCACCAUGUCAGUUCGUCCUUCGCUUCCGAGUUCAGAGUGAUCAGAUCUGUGUAGGCGACCCCGUCUCUCAGGUUGGCAGCGUGAAGGCGUUGUAACGCCCGGUAGUGGAGCGGCCCCGGGAAGAUGGCUUGUAUGGAGGCCGCCAGGAGGCCAAUCACCCUUGCCAACUGUUUGAGGGACAGCUGAGGAGCUGCCAGGGAGCGUUUGAUUUCCUUUUUGAUAUUGUUCAGUUUCGACAUCGGUAGAUGUAGGGUCUGAGACGUGGAGUCUACGAUGAGACCCAAGAAUUCUAUGUGCCGAGUGGGAGUCAAGAUGGAUUUGUCCCAAUUGAUGAGGAAACCCAAGUUCUGUAAUAGGGUCUGAGUCCAGUUCAAAUGGGUCCGUGCAAUUUGGGCGGAUUGGCCCAUAAUGAGGAUGUCGUCCAGAUAGAUUAUGAGACGCACUCCUCGGCUCCGAAGAAAGGCCGUCACGGGCUUCAUGAGUUUGGUGAAGCACCACGGGGCCGAUGACAGCCCGAAAGGGAGACAGGUGAACCUCCACUUCUUGCCCUGCCAGAUGAAUUGCAGGAAAUCCUGAUGGUGCCGGGCGAUCGGCACUGUAAGAUAAGCGUCUUUGAGAUCCAGUUUCACCAUCCAAUCCGCUGGUUGGAGGAGAUCUCUUAGACAAUGUAUUCCUUCCAUUUUGAAAUGGUUGUAAGAGACGUAAGUGUUGAGUUGUUUCAGAUUGAUCACUGGGCGGACCCCGCCGCCUUUCUUGGCAACCAGGAAUAGGUUGCUGACAUAACCUGUCGUGGCCAUAGGGAUUUCUGAAAUGGCCUUUUUGUGGUGUAAGUCUGAAACUUCCUGGGUGACCAGGGUCUUGUCUGCUAGGGAAAAAGACAUUUCUCGUGGUUGGGAGAAUUGCACGGGUAGGGACAGGAAAUCUAUUGUAUAUCCUUUUAUGGUGUUUAGCACCCAAGAAUCUGACGAUAUGCGAGCCCACAUGUGGGAAAAAUGUCGGAGUCUGCCCCCCACUGCCCAUAGGGAAGAAUGUAAAUGGAGAGGACUUACCGUAAGGUCGUCGCCCGGAGUGGGCAUUCCGUGGUCCACGGGCAACCCAUGGCCGCCCACGCUGUGGGAAGAACGCCGGAGCGUUGCGGUGUUCCGUGAAACUGGCUCGUCCCGUAUAGGAGCCUCUGUUCUGUCUAAAAGAACUUCUGUUAACACGGCCGGACAGACGGCUCCUUGCUCUUCCGGCCCCACCAAAAACCUUGGGGUGAAACACCUUGCGCAUGUUGGAUUGCGCCUUAUCUAGGGCAGUAAAUGUAUGGACAAAGGAGCCCAAUUCCUUGACAAAAUUGUCUCCGAAUAGGAGACCCUUAGCUUGGGCGCCCGGUUCGUUCAGGGCCAUAUUAACCAAUUCCGGUUCUAUUUUCAAUAGUAUCGCCUUGCGGCGUUCCGUGGCUAUUGCCGUGUUGGCAUUGCCAAUCAGGCAAAUAAUCCGUUGGAUCCAUCCAUUUAUGGCGGCCCGAUCCAACUCUUGGUCAUCUUGGACCACUUCGAAUAUUUUGGUAGCUGGGCCCAGGAUGUCCAAGACCUUGUCUUGGCAAUUGCGCAGGGCAAACUCCAAGCCUUUGUUGGGCUUCCAGCCUGUCUUUCCCAAGAAUUGGGUAAUCUUGGGUCAACUGCAGGUGUGCUGCAGGCAUCAUCUGGGACUGUGGGGCGCGGGCAUUCUGCCCGUAGUUUAUUCCGUGUCGCCUUUUCUAAAGGCUUGCGUACCCUAGACGCUAUAUAUUUGGCCACAUGUUCUGGGGAGGACCAUUCCGCCGACCGUGGGUGGCGUAAUAGGUCAGGAUCAAACAGGGGUUCACCGUGUUGAUCCACAAUCAUAUCUACAUCCCCUUGUGCCUUGUGGUCUACAACAGGCAUGUCUGACUGGAGCGGACUGUAGUCCUGAGAAUGGCUGUAGUCCCCGGCCGGGCAAUCUGAGUCGGGAUCCGAUGGAUCUUCCAAAACAACAGAAGCCUCCUCCUCAAUGUCGCUGAGAUCAGACUCAGAAUCAACUUGGGCCCUUGCCCUUUUCCACAAUCUAGCCGAUUUUGCCCGGCUAGUGGCUCUUUUGCGCGGUUGUAUAGACGCGCCAUCUGUGACAGGUGCAUGGCUGUCCAUCUGUGGCAUUGAGGAAUGUUUCAUUUUGCCAAGGCCUUGCGGCCGGUCUGAGGUUGUAAAGGAGUUGUGACAGGCACCAUCUGGGCCGAAGUCGGUUGCGCUGAUUUUUGCGCCUGGAUUAGGGCAUGUGUAAGUGUCUGGGAUAUGGAAUCAGACAUUAGUCCCAUGGCCGACAUGAGGGCUUUAGUCAUAACCUGUGACAUGGUGUCAUCAAUCAAGGUCUGCGUAACAGCAGGGGUAUCAAGCUCAGCGGGUGGAACCGCCAUAUCAUCAUAUACACCUGAAGGUGCCUGAAAACCAGCCCUGUCAGGGUUAAUAGACCCAGAGGGAGUAUCCUUGUCAGAAGGCAUAGUUAUGACAGUGACUGACAGGAUUAUAUAUGAAUCUGAAAUAUGAUAACCUGUUGGCAACAAAAGCUAUAGGGGAGGGUUGAGUAACCCUGUAGGAGGGAAUCUAUAAUACUUGACAGAAUAUAUGAAAGGAAAAAACAGUACAAUAUAAUAUAAUAUAAUAAAGUGUUCACUCAUAGAAUUAAUACAGGUACCGUAGAGAGAGAAAAAAGCCGUCCGACCGCCACUAGCACUAGCUCCCUACUCAGAGUUCCGGUCUGUGGGGGGCAGUGCUAGUGGCAGAGCGCGGGAAAGCACUAAAUGGCCGCCGCAAAUAGUGAAAAAAUCGCGAACGGGGAUGGGACAGAAGCGUUCGCAUAGGCGAACGUCUGUGUCAAUGGAGGAAUGCGUUCGCGAACGCAAUGCCUAGAGUGCGUUCGCAUAAAAUACCCGAACGCGGGUAUCUAAACAGCGGGACAGAGGUGAAUGGGCGCAGGGAGGGGAGCGCGCGCGCUCGCCUCAUUAACGGUCGGACGAGGUUGGGAAAUAGAAAACCCCCCGAGCACGGUGAAACUCACCGGCUCAGGGUUAAGGAAGUCAGCCAAGUGACAGGCAGAAAAACGCUAAACUAUGAGGGGACUAGUUGAAAACUUCAAUAACCCUCAAAAGUUUAACCAUCAAGAGCAAUGACACAUAAUAUUAAAACAAGCGAUUUAAAGGAGUAGUAUAGUAAAACAAUUUAAAGAAGUAAUCUUAAAUAAAUAAGUAAAUAAAUAGCAAUAUAAACAGCAAUAUAAAAUGUAAAAAGCGAUCCCACAGUUAAGAAACCAUGGGAUCUGAUGUUACUUAACUGAGGGAGCAGCAAAGAAAGAGGAAUUGGAUUGGUUCACAGAGCCUAUUAUGCUGGAGAGUGGAAUCCGAUUGGCUGUUCCUGUUGCUAGGAUACUCCUCUCACACUGUUUAUUGUUAACUUUGAUUACGUUUUUUCUUUGCUGCUGAGGGAAAAUAAAGAAAGAGUGCAGCAUAAUAGGAGCCUCCGUGUCUUAAUAAAAUUCAUAUUUUCCUUGCUCUCAUAGUUUGCAGACAUGCUUAAUUCCAGCCUAAAAGCUUCAACAAAGCUGUAGUUCUUAUCAUUAUCCUUAUUGGUGUGUUUUUUCACUAAAUCAGAAAUAUGCAAUUCCUUUUCUAACUCCCAAGCACUAUAUAAGGGCUGUUACAUAAGCCUGUCCAGUUUUCUGAAGCUACAUUCUAUUAAGUGAUGUUUAUCCUGUCUGUUUUGUGAAGGUCGAAUGGGUGAACACAUAUCACAAAAAAUGCAGAGAUGUCAUAGGAGCCGAGCUGGAGAAACAAGGACGGCUUGACGCCCUCCGGUGGCUGAUCAGUGAAACGCAGCCUAUAAGCAAAGUCCAUUAACACUUUUUUUUUUUAAAAAAGUCUCAGAUUUAAUUGAAAUACAUGGCCUUUUGAACACUUGGCACCAAGGGGUUAAUUCCAAACCAUCAAGUCGUGGAAUUGGACCUGCCUUUUAUAAGGUUAAAAUCAUCAAUAAAAAAUUGUAAUUAAAAUGACUAAUUUUGUUGCUAACUUACUGCCAUAGUCAUACUUCUGAUUGUUGUGUGAAAGGAUGUCUCCAAAUGAAACCGUUGGUUUGCAGGUAAGUCCGUAAUGCUUUGCACGUUGAAUUUUCCCAUCUUCUGCUUUUAGUGUUCACAAUGUCAUAUCACAGUUUCCCUAAACAUGAAAGUGUACUGCUGAUUACUGACGUCUUCACAGUCUGCUAUAUGUUGGUGGCUACAUUUUGGAGUUAUAAAAAUGUGUUUUAGCUUGAAAUGUCUUUUAAUCUGCACCCAAACUAGUGGAUCUGUACUGCUGAGUCUUAUUCAACAAACAGGAUUAUUCAACAAAUUCCAGAUUCGUACUGAGGCAUAAAUUAAAGGUAUUUGGUUCAUUUGUACAAGGUGAAACACACUUGUGCACAAGUCUAGUUUGGAGCACCUUAUGGUUUCAUAAGCAUGCCGCUGUCCAGGGGUCUGAAGUGUCCCUUUAUACUAAACAUUUAGUGGACUAUUUACGAAAUUGGGUUUCGUGGAGUAUUGAUAGAAAAUAUCUGAUUGCUAAACAGCUUAGUUGGAGAAUAUAUUUACAAUUUGGCAAUUUGAAGAAAAAAUUAAAAUUACAUGAGGGUAACACCCUGCAUUAAGAAUCAAAUACUCCAAACAAAAACACAAUACUUCCUUAGGCUUAGAGGAAGUAUCAUUUGGCAAUUUGCGUGAAAAUUGCAAUCCCUUAAUGAAUUUUUAACAACUUUUUUUUUUUUUUGUGAUCAAUUCUAUUCGCCAUCACUCACCAUACAUCAAGACAUUGUACCGUACAGCUCUCUUUGUUCUCUGUACAGAUUUAAACAUCCCCUUAUUUUCUGUGCUCUGAAUACAUCACGGCAUUCUGAUGAAAAUCCAUUUCAGGUGCAAAUAGAAAUAUUUCCAAAAUAGAAAAGUAAUAGAAUAUCCUCCUCCCCCCCUACUCCACUUGUUAAAUGGAAACAGAUUUUCAAGUAAGUCUCUAAUACUGUCAUAUUACAAAAAUCAUGUAACCAGUGAAUCUGUGCUCAGAAAAUCCUUGGCUCUGAAGUCUAAUAAUUCACAAUAAUGAUUCACAUUCUGAUUAUACAUAUAAAAAAUAGACUGGUUUUGCUUAGCUACAAUCUCACAAAGCAGCCCUUAAGAAAUGUUUGUCUUGGCACCGCAGUUCUGAGAAGUAAGGUUUCCACAGUUGUCCUCCAGAAAGAAGUGCAGAAUUUGACUAGAGAUCUGGAUUAGACUUUAAAGUACAGUACAUUUAGUGGAUUAUUUACUAAAUUGGCUUUACAAUACAUUAUGUAUUAACGAGCUAGGUAGAAUUAGUGUGUGCCCUCUUGAGUUUCCUGUAAGUACAAGUAAGGUUUCUUGUUGGGCAGACUUACCUUUUAAUAGACGAUUUAUUGCAGUAUAAAGGAAAACUGUCCAUUUGUUAUUAUUAUUAUUAUUAUUAUUAAAAAUAAAAGAUUGCAUGUAUUGUAGUGUCUGUGCAUAAUUUUGUAAUGCACACAAGUGAAUACCUCUUUUCUGUAGCUCUCCUGGCUUAAUCUUGCACUAUGAUGAUGGAUGUGUGUAAGCCCUUUUUGGUUAGGAUAGCUUAUUCAAUAAAAUGUAAUAACGAGCAAGUGCACCUUCACUAAUUUCCAAAUGCUAGGCAUCUCAAAAAGGCCCACUGCGGCCGUUUCAGCAAUUUAAAUUGUGCGUGGUUUUAGCAUAUAAGUGAUGUGUUUGACCAACAAGGGCUAAAAAUGACUGCUUCUGUGAAGCAGGGAUAAGAGUUGCUCUGAAAAUGUAUUAAUGUAUUUUUAUUUAUGAGGGUUUAACAUUUCCCCUAGCCAUUCAUGAGUGACGGUUUAGGCCAGGCGAGAGUGCCAUGCACCUUCAAUUCUUACAGUGGUGAGUAACAUGUAAGCCUUGGCUAGUAGCAUAUGGCUUUAAACCCCUGAUUAUAAUCUAUAAUGCACAAUGAUGCUAUAUUAUAGGCUAUAAACCCCUGAUUAUAAUCUAUAAUGCACAAUGAUGCUAUAUUAUAGGCUAUAAACCCCUGAUUAUAAUCUAUAAUGCACAAUGAUGCUAUAUUGUAUAUAUUUAUUUACGGUAAUAUUAAAAAUCGACAGUUCUGUAAAUCUUGUUCAAUCUCUUUUAAGGGGGGUAGUUUAGAUUUGAUUGCACAACAAGGAUGAAGAAGAGUACUUAAAGGAACAACUGCAUUAGUAUUUUCCUGUCUAUUUCAGAUAUGCAUUAGCUCAAUCCAUCUCUACAUAAAGAUGCCGAAAGCUCUCCAUAGAGUGUGAUGACGCUAAGAUUGCAGGACUACAACAAAUAGUGCCUCUAGUUGCUGUUUGAGUGACUGCCACUACAGGUAUCCUUAGGAAGCAAUGUAAAAAUCCCAAUCUCGAAAAGUGCACUGUUUUAUUGCUGAGACUUCAGUGACUGUCUGUUUAGCACCAUAACCACUACAUUGAGCUGUAUUGAUUUUGGUGCUUAGAGUGUCACUUUAUGGUCUUGCUAUCCUAACUUAUACUAAUAAAAAUAUCAGAUUUAGUUUAUAUUCUAAUAACAUUUUUAGCAUAUUGAUGAAUGACCAGCUGUAGGAUAUUGGAUUUGAGUUUAUUCCCUAUUGCCUAAAUGGAAAUAUUGCUCUUUUGAAAAUAAAAUGUAUUAGUUGUUUAGUCAUACUCAUGAUGGUUGGCAAUAUUUAAAAACCACAAAAAUUGCCUAAUGGAAAAUCUGGACUGCCUCAUGCGCUCUAUUCUUGUAAAUAAUCCUUACAUUUCGACAUGGAUGAAUUCUACCAUUGUCGAAAACUUUUAAAAUCAUUUUACAAAAUGGUGGCCACAAAAGUAAGUACCAGUGCAAAUUUAAUACCCGUUAUACAUUAGUUGAGCAGAUGAAGACUUGAAUACAAGUAAAAUAUGGGUGCGGGGGGAAAAAAGAACAAAAAAGUUGUGUUUCAGUAAUCUGGAGAUAAUUGACCAUCAUAUCAUUCAAGUGAUAUGGUAUGGAAGAUGGAAACUGUUAAAGGUAUCAGAAGGUACUCCUUUAUUCUAGGUUCAGGUUUGUCUGGAGAAGCUUGAUUCUAGAAUGUUGGCAUCGUUUAGUGUUAGACAUAGAAUACUCGGGGAUUCAGCAGGAUACCUGUGGCCUUACCCUCAUUGGCAAUCAAGCAACUGACAGCUGGAUCUUUUAGGGGUUCAUGGAUGUCCUGGACCUCACUUUCUGUAGCUGCCAUUGCCGGGUUGUCAUAGAUGAAAUAAACUUGUGAACUGUGCUUUGUGCUUUCCUGUUUCCGCAUUAGUAUAAAUGGUUUGUGAAUACUCAGCACCCUUUUAAUCCCAGUAAUGUGAAUGGGACUCCCAGCUGCCUUAUAUCUCACUUUGUCCUCAUAUUCCCUCGCUCUCUUGUAUUGUCUGUAGAGAAUAAAGAGUACAUAAGAUUUGUAUUAGUAGUGGAGUCAUUUUACUUUGAAAACCCCUAUUUAUUUAAAAACAAUUAUUUCACAUAAUUGAAAAAUCACAAAUUAGUGCAGUAUCAAGUUUGCAAUGAUGCAACUGUGGGAUGGCGCUGAGACUGACCCUUUCAAGGCACACUAUAGCGUUAGGAAAACAAAUCUGUAUUAGAGUUGAGUGGACACCUGGAUGUUCGGGUCCGGCGGGUUUGGCCGAACUUUGAAAAAAAGUCCGGAUUCGAGCUCGAACUUGACCCCGAACCCGAACCACAUUGAAGUCAUUAGGGACCCGAGCUUUUGGGCACAAAAAUGGCUCUAAAAAACUCCUGGAAAGGGCUAGAGGGCUGCAAAAGGAAGUAAAAUGGGGGUAAGAGUAGGACAAGUGCCCUGCAAACAAAUGGUAUUAGGGAGCUAUCUACCAAAAGGCUGAAAGACAUAAAUUGGUCUUUCAGCCACAUUUACUAAUACUAAGUAAAGAUUAAUUAGUAUUAGUAAAUUCAGCCCCUAAUCGCUAUACCGCGAGUAGGGGCAUGUCUAGUAAACACUGCUCACCGUAAAAAACGAACAAAAAAAAAAACCUGUUGCCCCCACCCCUGUGUGACGGGUGGGGGCCCUAAAUAAGAAUGUGGAAGGGGGACCUACUGUCCUCCCCCCCGGCCCCCACCCCUGAGCGGCGGGUCGGGGCCUUAAAUAACAAUAGGGGGGGACCUACUGUCCUCUCCCCACGGCCCCCACCCCUGAGCGGUGGGUGGGAGCCAUAAAUAAGAAUUUGGGCGGGGGGGCCUACUGUCCUCCCCCCCUGGCCUCCACCCCUAAAUAACAAUAAGGCGGCCCCCACCAAUUAUUUAGGGCCCCCACCCGCCGUGCAGGAGUGGGGGCCGGGGGGAGGACAGUAGGUUGUCCCCCCCCUUAUUGUUAUUUAGGGCCCCCAACCACCGCUCAGGACUGGGGGCUGGGGGAGAACAUCAGGUCGUUCCCCCCCCCACCCACCGCUCAGGGGUGGGGGCUGAGGGGGAGGACAUUAGGUGUGUCCCCCCCCCCCCAAUUUUAUUUAGGGCCCCCACCCACCGCUCAGGGGUGUGGGCCGGGGGGGAGGACAGUAGGUCUGUCCCCCCUUAUUGUUAUUUAUGGCCCCCACCCACCGCUCAGGGGUGGGGGCCGGGGAGAACAUUAGGGCCCCCACCCACAGCUCAGGAGUGGGGGCUGAGGGGGGGAUAUUAGGUCCGCCCCUCCAAUUUUUAUUUAGGGCCCCCACUCACCGCUCAGGGGUGGGGGCCGGGGAGAACAUUAGGUCCCCCCGUCCCCUCCCCAAUUUUUAUUUAGGGCCCCCACCCACAGCUCAGGGGUGGGGGCUGAGGGGGGGAUAUUAGGUCCCCCCCUCCAAUUUUUAUUUAGGGAAUAUUUUUUUCCAACAGUUUAAUAGACAUGAGUCACAUGCUGCACUGGCCAAUCACAGCCAUGCCAUUAAUAGGCAUGGCUGUGAUGGCUUCUAAGGGCACACGAGUCAAAUGCUUGUUGAUUGGCUGCCCUGCAGCCUUUAAAAACGCGUCAUUAAAUCGCCGAGCACCGAACUCCAACUCGAACAUACAGUUAUAUGUCUGUGUUCGGGUCCGGGGUCCAAAAAACUUAAUGUUCGGUACGAACCCGAACUUUUCAGUUCGGGUUCACUCAACUCUAAUCUGUAUUCCUAAUACUAUACAAUGCCUACCCCUAGUUCGUUUUUGCCCCGUUAAAAAAAAAAAGAAACAAUUUACUUACCUUUUCUCUUGCUUCUUCACGCUCCUCCCCAUAUGAUGUCAUCCUGGAGGCGUGAUUCAAGGAUGACGGUUCAGUCCAAUGCUCUUCAUAGGGGAGCACUGGUGAUUGUGGGUGCAUGCACAGCGCUCGCUGUGAUCCACAAUUGAUUCUGUCCCAGAGAAUCAUUAAUUGCAAUGAUUCUUUAUGACAAGCCAUGACGGCACUGUGCAUGUGCACGUUUUGUCCCAAUAUCCCAAUAUGCCAGGGUAUGAACACUGGGAAGUAUCUUCUAUCCAGUGGGUGUGGAGGGAUGGCUUGAAGCCGCAUUUCCAAGCCUUCUAAAUGUUAAAAUUUUAAUUUAAAAAAUAACUCCCAUUUUAGGAAUUAGUAAAGGAAGGAACUACUGUAGUUAAAGGAACUCUUUGAUCUCCAAUACAAUUCAAUUCAUUUGACAGGUUUUGAUCUCAUUAAUAUGCUGUAUAGUUUUGCACAUUCAAAUCUUUAUAGUUUUUGCACAAAAAAAGUUUUUUUUUUCAGAUUGCUUCACUAGAAGCCUUUCUACUUAGUACUGGGUGAGCUGGCUUUAAUUCACAACCUGCCUAUAGAUAGUCACACUGCAAACAGAUUGUGAUAUCCUCACUAUAUCUCUCCCAGAGUGUGCUCUCCUCCUAAUACAGGUUGCUUUGUAUUUCAGAUGACUAAAUGCUGUCAAUGAGUUGUGUACAUACAUUUAAUAAGGAAGUCACUUUCUGGAAGGAGGGGGUGUGGCUAAGUAGGCUGGUUUAUAGUGCAGCAUUCUGCAAAACAUUUUUUUUUUUAAUGCCAAAAUUACAAUGGAAAAAAUAAAAAUAAUAAACAUAGAGCACAUUAACCCCUUCAGGACGGAGUCAAUAGUUCAUGUUCUGAUCAAAACAAAACGUAAACAAAAUUGGAAUUUGCGCUAUAUGUCUGUUCAACCGUAAUUCACCGCUGUCACAUUAAGUGCACCCACACUUAUUAUAUAUCAUUUUGUUCAGGAGAAACAGAGCUUUAAUUUAUCAUUAACUAUUCAUAUAUUGAACAUAAUGUAUUAUGAAUAAAAUUUUAAAAAAUGUGAGAAAAUAAGAUAUUUUUUAAUUUUUUUAUUUGUAUUUCCGUCUGACAUUUUAGCUGUGAAUGUCAUAAUACUGUUAGGUUUUACUGCAAAAAAAUGCACAUAUUUGUAAUCAGCGAUGUCUCACGAGUACAACAGUACCACCCAUUAACAGGUUUUAUGCUGUUUUGGAAAGUUACAGGGUCAAAUAUAGAACGUUCCAUUUUCACAUUGAAAUUUGCCAGAUUAGUAAUGUUACCUUUGAGACGGUGUGGUAGCCCAGGAAUGAGAAUUACCCCCAUAAUGGCAUACCCUUUGAAAAAGUAGACAACCCAAGUUAUUGAAAGUGGGGCAUGUUUAGUCUUUUUUAAUAGCCACUUAGUCACAAACACUGGCCAAAGUUAGCUUUCAUAUUUGUUUUUGUGUGAAAAAAGCAAAAAAACUAAUAUUUGGCCAGUGUUUGUGAUUAAGUGGCUACUAAGAAAGACUGGACAUACCCCACUUGCAAUACCUUGGGUUGUCUACUUUUGCAAAUGGUAUGCCAUCAUGGGGGUAAUUCUCAUUCCUGGGCUACCAUACGCUCUCAAAGGCACCAUAAAACCUGUACAUGGGGGGGUACUGUUAUUCUCGGGAGACUUCACUAAACACAAUUAUUAGUGUUUUAAAACAGUAAAACAUAUUACAACAAUAAUAUAGUCCAUAAAAGUGCCGUUCGUUUGUAAAAAAUGCAAAAAACUUAAUUUUUACUUAAAAUAUCAUCGUUGUAAUACAAUUUAUCAUUUUGAAACACUAAUAUUUGAGUUCAGCGAAGUCUCCCGAGUAAAACAGUACCCCCUAUGUACAGGUUUUAUGGUGUCUUGGAGAGUUACAGGGUCAAAUAUAGUGCUUGGGAAUUAAAUUCUCUGCACUUUCUCCCUGUGUUGUCAGGCAUGUCAAUCAAAUUUUAAUUAAUCAAAUAACAUAAUUAUGUUAAAAAAUUACUUAAAUAUACACAUUGAAUUUUAAUAUAUAUGCAUUUAUAGGUAUUUAAAUUCUACGUGUAUACUAAUGUAAUCUUUUAUGUAAUUAUAUGUGUGUGUGUAUAUAUAUAUAUAUAUAUAUUUGUAUUUUAUAUAUAGAUAGUUAUAUAUAGAAUGUCAUUUGAAGUGUAUUUUGUUACCAAUAUAUAUAUUAAUAACAAAAUACAGUUAGAAUGAAAUUACAUAUGAAUAUAUAAUUUAUAUUUUGUUUCAAUAUUUUAUUUAUUAUUGUAAUUAUAUGUAUAUAUGUAUAUAUAUAUAUAUAUAUAUUUUAUAUAUAUAUAUAUGUAACGUCAUUCUAAGUGUAUUUUAAUACUAAUAUAUGUACUUAUAUUAAUAUUAAAAUACACUUUGUAUGACGUUACAUAUAUAUAAUAUGUAUAUGUUGAAUUAAUUUUUAUUUUUUUACUUUCCCACCAGCAGGGGGACUGUCUGCCAUUUCAGACAGUCCUCCUGCUGUCAGAUCCACAGCCAGCUAUAGGGGGCCAUGUGUUCGCUCUUUGAGAGCCAUCACAUGGCCACUGGGGGCCUCAUUUGCCGGGGAGGGCUGCCUGGGCUGUCAGGCAGCCCUCCAGCAGAGGAUUGCGACGGAGGUAAGUACGCCGGACUUCCAGGGGCUGCAAGCCGUUACGGCGUUCUGUGCCGCCGCAACGGCUUUAAAGCCCACUUAAUGCGGGACGGCAUAGAACGCCGUAACGGUGUUAAAGGGUUAAUGAGGCCAAAACUUACGAAAUGCAUUAAAGUUGGGUUGGUGCCCGGAGUGUCUAUUUAAAGCUUAGCAAUUUAGAGUGUCUAGUGCAGGGAUGGACAACCUUCGGCACUCCAGAUGAUGUGGACUACAUCCCCCAUAAUGCUCUUACACACAUAAUGCUGGUAACGGAUCAUGGAAGGUGUAGUCCAAAAGAUCUGCAGUGCCAAAGGUUGUCUAUGCCUGGUCUAGGGGCUCUUUAAACUGUUUAAUGUAUAUUCAUUUAUAAUCUGCUUAUCUUUAUUCAGUGAUUUGACCUAUUCUAAUAUUCGUUUGGCUAGUGGCAGUUUUACAUAGAUAAAGUUUGAUAAUCCCAUCAUUGACAGUUUGUUUCCAGGAAUGACCUCUCUUAACAGGAAAAUAACAUUAGUAGAAACAGUGAAGGCUAACAAUUAUAUAGAAAAGUUAUGGGAAUUGAUUACCUAGACCCAGUAUAAUUUUCAGGUUGCAACUGGGCAUAACGCCUAAAUAUCAUAAUAUGAUAUGGAAAGAGAUAUCAAUGUGUAGAAUUGCUUCCAGUGGAUGUAGAAAAGUCCAGCUGUGAUAUAGAAAGCCCCCAUUGAGACCUGAUCUAACCCGUCUCCAAACAUUGAACACUUACCUGCUGCGUUUGUGGUAGGAGACGCUGCACAUAAUGGCAAAGGCUGUCAGGAUCAUUAAAGCCAGACACACCAGAGAGGCGUUAAUGAUUUUGAAUGCUGCGAAACAAGUAAAAAAAAUACAGAAAUAAAUAAUAGUGGGUGGUGGGUCAUGGCUGUUAGGGUAGUUAGAGACAUGACUUUAUUUUAGUCCUUUUGAUUAAGGUUUACAUACAUUUUACUCUAUCAAAUCCAUGCCUGAUUCUACAUAAAAGGGAUAUGAACGUUUGAUCAAAUAUUCUUAGCGAUACAAAUUUUGGCACUUCAGUGCUCAACCCUUGAGGAACAGUAAUUCAAAAUGUUGGUCCAUUGGUAUGCCACACCAUUUAAACUUUGACACAUAGGCAGAAUGGGCACAGAUACUUGUUGGCAUCUAUAUGGGAAGAAGGGCACACACCUGCACAUGUGAUAGACCUGCUCACGGGCAGCUGGGUUCUAGAUGGAGGUGAAGGCAUUGAUGGCUACAAUCUUACAUAGACACUUUGACUUAGACCACUUGGCAUUUCUGUUUUCUAGGCCCACAGAGGGAUCAUCCACCAAAGAGCAGCGGUCUUUUUUCCCUGGCACUAUAGCUCCCUAUAGUGCCUCCUUCCCUCACGCCCCACCCCUUGUUAACGGAGUCCCUUGGCGCUGGUUCACGCUCUGCCUCUGCUCCUCAGAUGCCAACGCCUAAUGCACAUGUGCGUUGUUUGCCAUGCAUCGCAUUACGACUUCCACCAUAGGAAAGCAUGUAUAAUGCUUUCCUAUGGUGUUUUACAUGAUGCUGGACGUCCUCAUGCAUUGGCUGAGGACAAUCAGCGUCAGGCAACCAAAAGUCGCAUAACCACCCAGAUGUCCCUCUUGUGGCUGGAAGACAGCCACUAGAGGUGGAGUUAACCCGCAAAGGUAUUAACUACAUUAAUUACCUUUGCAGGGUUAAGGGACCUGGGACUAUGCACCCGGACCACUUCAAAGAGCUGAAGUGGUCUGGGUGCCUAUAGUGUCCCUUGAAACAUGCUCAACCUACCAGCACUCUGGUCUAUGGCCCAAUCGUGGUUGCAGUCUGAGGUUCAGCGUAUCGCCCAAGUCAUCUUCAAAGAUACUUACCUCAUGGACAAGUUUCACAAGAUUUGGGCUCCAUGGCAAUAAUAUAGUAAUUAAUAAAAUGGAAAGUUAUGGAAUCCCGCAGAACCUUAACAUACCUGCAUUUUUGGGAUUUUUUAAUAGUUUUUUUUAAAUCUUAAUUUUAUUUUCAUUUGUUACAUUCAGUAAAUUAUUUAUACCUUACAAGUAUCAACUGCAAAUCUGCAGCGGACGGCUUUGUGCUGCCAGAUUUGCAGUUGAUACUUGUAAAGUAUAAAUAAUUUACUGAAUGUAACAAAUGAAAAUAAAAUUAAGAUUAAAAAAAAACUAUUCAAAAAUCCCCAAAAUGCACGCAGCUGCUUGCUAUAUACCACUGUAAUAUGCAUCUCAUUGUUCUAAUAUCGCAUUGUACAACCUGCAGGCCUAUGUACACACCUUUUUGACAUGCGCUGAACAAUUACCAAUGUCUUAUAUGAAUGCCUGGACUUAUAUAAAGAAUAGAAAAAAAAAAGGGGAAAUGUAGUCAUCUUUCAUGAUGUGUUAAAUCAUUAAUUGUAUCUGGAUCUUUAAAAUAAACUUAAUUCACGAAGAUUACCGUCUCUUAAUUUUCAGGGUUUGUAGAACUUUAAUGUGACUUUGUCAUGUCCCAAUUAUCGGAUGCUCCUUAGACGGAGCAUACGUUUCAAUCUAUAUAUUGUGGUAGAAGAUUUGCAAGCAAAUGUAUAUAUUUGGCAAAAAAAAAACCUGUUUAAAAAUAUUUUUUUCUCCCAUCUGUCUCUCAAUUCCUUGGCAGACAUUAAAUUCAGAGGAAAUGAGAGAUAAGCAGAGCAGAAGAGAAGGGGUCCCUCUGCUCUCCACCCAUAGCAGUCGCAGCGCACGAGAGGUGGUUGCUUUGGCAACCCCCUAGCCGGUGAAUCGGAGUGAUGUGACCUCACUGUUCAGAAGGCAGGGCACUGGCAACGAAGACUUGUGUCAGCAUCAUGCCCUGCUUCUUGAGUGUCUCCAAGGAGUGCAAAUCAGGGAAGAGCUGAGAAGGUAAGUGGGUGGAUUGGAGGUGGGUGUUAAAGAAGUUGAACACCUACCACUGUAGGGAGAUCGCGGCAGGGGAAUGGAGGGCCAGGUAGG